AUGGCCUGGGCUCCCUGGGGCUGCUGCCUCUGGCUGGUGCUCCUGUGCGCCACUGCCUGGAGCCACUCAGAUGCAGCGAACCUUGAAAGGACCGACGUGAGAAACUGUUCAAGCAGCCCUCCGUUCCUUCCAGUUACUGCAGUCAAUACUACGGCACGAAUAGCAGCCCUACGCCAGCAGAUAAAGGCCCAGAACCUCUCUGCCUACAUCAUUCCAGAUACGGAUGCUCACAUGAGCGAGUACAUUGGCAGCCAAGACGACAGGCGUGCGUGGAUCACAGGCUUCACAGGGACUGCAGGAACUGCUGUGGUGACCAUGGACAAGGCAGCUCUCUGGACAGACAGUCGCUACUGGACUCAGGCGGAACGACAGAUGGACUGCAACUGGGACCUCCACAGGACAGGUGGGGAAGGUGCCAUUGCCAGCUGGCUUCUUGCAGAGAUUCCUGCAGGAGGACGUGUGGGCUUCGAUCCCUUCCUCUUCUCCAUCAACUCCUGGCAGAGUUAUGACGAGGCCCUGCAAGACUCCAACAUAGAACUGGUGUCCAUUACAGCCAACCUGGUGGACUUGGUGUGGGGCUCAGAGAGGCCCCUGCUGCCCAGCCAACCCAUCUAUGCCCUGCAGGAGGAUUUCACAGGGAGCACUUGGCAGGAUAAAGUAGCUGAUAUUCGAAACCAGAUGCAGCAGCACAGCAAAGCUCCCACUGCUGUCCUUCUGUCAGCGCUCGAUGAGACAGCCUGGCUCUUCAACCUUCGCGGCAGCGACAUCCCCUAUAACCCCUUCUUCUAUUCCUACACACUGCUCACGAACAACUCCAUCAGAUUAUUUGCAAACAAGACCCGCUUUAGCCCCGAGACCCUGCAGUACCUGAACUCCAGCUGCACAGGCGCCAUGUGUGUGCAACUUGAGGAUUACGACCAAGUCCGUGACAGCGUCCAGGCCUAUGCCCAAGGGGAUGUGCGGAUCUGGAUUGGGACUAGCUAUACCACGUAUGGGCUCUACGAAGUGAUACCCAAGGAUAAACUCAUGGAAGACACAUACUCCCCGGUGAUGGUGACCAAGGCCGUGAAGAACAGGAAGGAACAGGCCCUCCUCAAGGACACCCACGUGCGGGAUGCUGUGGCUGUGAUCCGGUACUUAGUAUGGUUGGAGAAGAACGUGCCCCAAGGCACAGUGGACGAGUUCUCCGGUGCAGAGUUCCUGGAGAAGUUACGAGGAGAAGAAGACUACUUUUCAGGAUCCAGUUUUGAAACCAUCUCUGCCAGCGGCCUGAAUGCUGCCCUGGCGCACUACAGCCCGUCCGCAGAGGUGCAUCGCAAGCUGUCCACAGAUGAGAUGUACCUGGUGGAUUCUGGGGGGCAAUACUGGGACGGGACCACGGACAUCACUAGGACAGUCCACUGGGGCACGCCUUCAGCCUUCCAGAAGGAGACAUACACCCGAGUGUUGAUGGGAAAUAUCGAUCUGUCCAGACUCGUCUUUCCCGCUUCUACAUCAGGACGAGUGGUGGAAGCUUUUGCACGCAAAGCCUUAUGGGAUGUUGGGCUCAAUUAUGGACAUGGGACAGGCCAUGGUAUUGGCAACUUCCUGUGUGUGCAUGAGUGGCCAGUGGGAUUCCAGUCCAACAACAUUGCCAUGGCCAAGGGCAUGUUCACUUCCAUUGAACCUGGUUACUAUCAGGAUGGAGAGUUUGGGAUCCGUAUUGAAGACGUGGCUCUCGUAGUAGAAGCACAGACCAAGUACCCAGGGACCUACCUGACCUUCGAAGUGGUGACUUUGGUGCCCUACGACCGGAAUCUCAUUGAUGUCAACCUGCUGUCCCCUGAGCAGCUCCAGUACGUGAACCGUUACUACCAGACCAUCCGCAAUAAAGUGGGCCCGGAGCUGCUGCGGCGCCAGCUGCAGGAUGAAUAUGAGUGGCUACAGCGCCACACCGAGCCCCUGACUUCCAGAGCCCCACACACCUCCUCCAUGGCCUACAUGGUGGCAGCCUGUACUCUCGCCAUCCUGAGCUGGAGCAGCUAGAGGCACUGGCU